AUGAUUACCCAGCCAUCCCCACCUCUAACUCAGCGCUCGCGGCGGAACCUGACGUACCGGGAGAAGCUGGCGAUCAUCCACAAGAAGGAAGAAGAACCCGCGUGGACGCAGCGCAACUUGGCGCUCUGGGCAAAGGAGGUGUUCCGUCUUGAGAGCAAACCGACGCAAGCCACGAUCUCGAACCUGCUUCGAGCCAAGGACAAGCUACUGAACACGGCUGUGCCGCCUGAAUUCCGCUCUUCGAGGCGUGUAAAGUACCCCGAGCUGGACCGUCGGAUGCUCUUGUGGGUACACCAGGAGCUGCUUAACGGCGUGGCCGUCACACGUCUGUCGAUUCAGACCAAAGCCAUCGAUUUGGCGCAUGAGAUGGAGCUCCCGUCUGACUUGACGUUCUCGAAAGGAUGGGUCUGUAGCUUUACCAAGCGACAUCAGUUGGAUUUUGCAACGAAAGGUGGCAAUUCAUUGGUGCAGCUGGAUGCGGCGAGACAAGAUUUGCUGGCAAGUACGGCUAGUGAAGCCGUGAAUAGAGUCGAGGUUCACAAUGUCCAGCAGUUGUUAGGACAAGAGACAGCGAGUGAAGGGAAGGAAGCUGGUGAUGAAGAAGAAGAUGUGAAAGACGAAGCAGAGGCGGGAUACGAGGAGAGGAACUUGUCUGCAGAGAUGGAGAACAAGAAAGAAGAGGAAGUGAUUGAUGACAAGGAACAAGUAGCUGGGGAUAUGCACACGGCACUAAACGCGUCUCAGACAAAGUUGAUGAUGACGGAAAGCUCGAUGCUGCAACCAAGUGUGAAGCGGAGGAAAACUGAGAUAAAAAUAGAAAACAGUAUCCAUGAGAAGGAGACCUCUGAGACAGAGGAGAGACAAGCGACGGCAGAGAUGUUGUUGCUAGACUGGAUUUUGAUGCCAGGAAGUUACUCACGGUGGUGGCUCUUGAAGCAUGAUGAGGAGAAGACACCGCUAUGUGAUGAGAUCAAUGUGUUUUUGCGCGCACACGGCCAGCGUGGAAUGAGUAGUGCAGAUAUCCGGUUGCAGAUCACGACGCUCGUGACGACAUUUCAAGCGGCACAGACGUGGUUGCAUCAUGCAAAAGUUGAGUAUCCCCUGACGAAUGCGAAGCCUACACUUGAGCAGGAGCGGAUCAAGAGGCAUGUGCUCCAAAUGUGUCCCUACUACGAGAAGCUGGUGUCGAUUUUAGCAGCUUAUGUCAACUGUGACAAUCGUACAAAUGGUGAGGUGCAGGUGGAGGAAGCUUCACCAACAACGAUAAGCUCGUCUGCAUUACUGAAUAAUGGCGAUGCUGCUACGCAAGCAAUGAGCACUGCCGCCGUUGUCCUUGAUGCUUCUCCAGAGCCAGCGAUGAGAUCACAACGACAGGGUACAGAGUUCAGUGUCGAUGCCGUCGAUGAUGAGGCCAAAGCUCAGAAGCGGCAUUUGUUUGAGCUGGAAUGCGCUCGACUUCAGUCAGAAAUUGAGACAAAAAAUGUUCAGUUGGUGCUAGAGAAGACGUUGGCUCGAAAGAAGUUGCUGGAUGCGGGUAUUCCAGCUGAUGAGGUGAACCGCAUCUUUCCGUCAUGA